AAAGUAGAACAACGAGUACAGGCAGUUGAUCCGUUAAGUGGUACAGAACAAAUUAGGGCCAGUCAUUUGUUAGUUAAACAUGAAGGAAGUAGACGUCCUAGUUCUUGGAAAGAACCAACGAUAAAACGCACUAAAGAAGAGGCACUUGAAUUAAUUAAAGCCUAUCAAUCUCGAAUCAAAUCUGGAGAAGUUACCCUUGAUGAACUUGCUAGUACGGAAUCUGAUUGUUCAAGUGCUAAACGUAAUGGUGAUUUAGGAUUUUUUAGUCGAGGACAAAUGCAACCUGCUUUUGAAGAAGCUGCAUUUAAUCUUAAAGUUGGGGAAUUGAGCGAGCCAGUUUGGAGUGACAGCGGCGUUCACUUAAUCUUAAGAACAAGUUAA